AGUAGCUCGUGUAUUGAUGAUUCUUGCAAAUUUUCAGCACCAUACGCGCUGCGAAUCAGCUGCGGAGCUCGAAGAAACAUUAGAACCUCACCAUCAUAUGCACUUUGGUACAAAGACUUCGCAUAUACAGGAGGCAUACCUGCAAAUGCGACAAUAUCACCUAGCUACAUAUCUCCACCAUUGAACACACUUCGUUACUUCCCAAUCUCCGAGGGUCCGAACAACUGCUACAACAUCGUCCGAGUGCCAAAGGGACAUUACUCUGUAAGGAUCUUCCUUGGUCUGAUCAACGCGCCUAAUGUAGACAAAGAGCCUCUCUUCGAUAUAUCCAUCGAAGGCACUCAGAUUUCUUCUCUUAAAUCUGGCUGGAGUAGCAAUGAUGACCAAGUAUUCGCUGAAGCUCUCGUAUUUCUCUUGGAAGGGACGUCUACGAUCUGUUUCCACAGUACUGGCCAUGGAGAUCCUGCGAUCCUCUCUAUCGAAAUCCUCCAGGUCGAUGAUAACGCUUAUAACUUCGGUAAAGACUGGGGACAAGGAGUGGUUCUAAGAACAGCCACGAGGUUGAACUGUGGUACUGGGGAGAAGAAGUUUGGUGAAGAUUACAAUGCAGAUCGUUGGGGUGGUGAUAGGUUUUGGAAUCGAGUGAGAUCUUUUGGUAAAGGUGCUGAUUCUGCAAGAUCAACAGGGAAACGCAUUAGCCAGGCUUCUGUCUCUCCAAAUUUCUAUCCUCAAGCAUUGUAUCAGUCGGCGUUAUUCAGUACAGAUGAACAACCAGAUUUAACUUACAGCAUGGAUGUGGAACCAAACAGAAAGUAUUCGGUGUGGUUGCAUUUCGCGGAGAUCGAUGCUAGUGUCACUGUUGAAGGGAAAAGAGUGUUUGAUGUUGUGAUAAACGGUGAUACUUUGUUCGAAAAUGUUGACAUUAUCAAGAUGAGUGGCAACCAUUACAGAGCGCUUGUUCUCAAUACAACCGUGACUGUGAGUGGAAGAACCUUGACAAUCGUUCUACAGCCCAAGGGAGACGCUCAUGCUCUUAUUAAUGCUAUCGAGGUCUUUGAAAUCAUAACCGCUGAGUUUAAAACAUUACGUGAUGAAGGUAUUGACCUCUUCGGUGCGUUACAGAAAAUGAGAAAAUCUUUAGGGCUUCCUUCAAGGUUUGGAUGGAAUGGUGAUCCAUGUGUUCCUCCGCAACAUCCAUGGAGCGGAGCUGAUUGUCAGCUUGACAAGAACACCAGUAAAUGGUUCAUUGAUGGACUUGAUCUUGAUAACCAAGGUCUGAAGGGUUUUUUGCCAAACGACAUAUCAAAGCUAAAACAUCUUCAGAGCAUAAACUUGAGUGACAACAACAUUCAUGGAGGAAUACCUGCAUCACUUGGAAGCAUUACAAGCUUGCAAGUAUUGGACCUCUCCUACAAUUCUUUCAAUGGAUCUAUCCCUGAAACAUUAGGAGAGCUAACAUCCCUGCGGAUUCUGAACCUCAACGGAAACUCUUUGUCAGGAAAAGUACCAGCUGCUGUAGGUGGAAGGUUGCUGCACAGAGCAAGCUUCAACUUCACGGAUAAUGCAGGUCUAUGUGGGAUCCCGGGUCUUCCAGCGUGCGGGCCUCACCUAUCUUCAGGAGCCAAGAUCGGGAUUGCGUUCGGUGUUAGUCUAACAUUCCUCUUGAUCGUUGCAUGCGCUAUGAUAUGGUGGAAACGACGACAAAACAUUCUUCGGGCACAGCACAUUGCAGCAAGAGGAGCUCCGUAUGCUAAAAAGAGAACCAAUGUGUCUCAUGACAUUCAAAUGACACGGCACGGGCACAAUAACCACGGCCAAGCUCGUACUGCUGUCGAAAAUGGACCGAGCUUGUUGUCUUAA